CAGGGACACAUUGCCCAAUGAAACACCUGCAACAAAGAGGGAGUCUCCUUUAACAUCCAACCAUAAAUGUCCCUAACACUGUACAACACUAAUACACAAUGUCAUUUGGACAUGUAGUCUUCAACAUACAGAGAACAUAUUCCUGGUUAACAAUGAAUGUUUUAAUCUUUUUACAGCAUUGCAUUGAGUCUUCUAAAUAGUGUUUAUUACUUUGACAGUUUUGGUUUUGGAGAAUUAUUGCAAAAUGAGCAAUACAUCUGGUAUAGUUCUAUUUUCUCUGUCUGGCUUCAGUGCCACUGUGAACUACAGAGUCACACUUUUCUCUCUCACUUUAGUAUGUUAUUGUCUCAUUGUGGUGGUAAACGUGUCUCUCAUUUUAACCAUAAUCUUGGAUCAAAACUUACAUGAACCCAUGUAUGUUUUUUUAUGUAAUCUGUGCAUCAAUGGACUUUAUGGGACUGCAGCCUUUUAUCCUAAAUUUGUCUUUGAUCUGCUGUCUGAUAUUCAAGUAAUAUCAUACAAAGGAUGCCUUUUGCAAAUCUUUGUUAUCUACACUUAUGCAACAAUUGAUUUCUCUAUUUUAGCUCUAAUGGCCUAUGACAGAUAUGUGGCUAUAUGUCGACCCCUGGAGUAUCACACUAUAAUGUCUGUGCGAAGGAUGGCUAUGUUCAUUGCUAUUUCCUGGCUUGUACCUUUUCUCUGUGAGGUUAUGGUUAUAGGUUUGACAUCUACACUGAAAUUAUGUGGCUCCAACAUAGAUAAACUCUAUUGUGAGAACUGGUCAGUAGUUAAACUUGCUUGUAGUUCAACGGGAGCAAACAACAUAGUUGGAUUGAUUAUUAUCGCUUUCUAUUGUGUGCAUGUCAUCUUCAUUGUGUGUUCUUAUGUGCAGUUGAUAAAAUCAGCUUUGAAAUCCAGAGAGGGCAGGAGAAAGUUUACACAGACAUGUGUGCCACAUUUGUUAUGUCUGCUUAAUGUCACUGCUGCUUUGCUUUUUGAUGUUAUGUACUCGAGGUAUGGAUCAGCAUCCGUGCCACAGAAUGUAAGGAACUUCAUGGCCAUACAAUUUCUCAUAAUGCCCCCUAUUCUCAACCCUAUUAUCUAUGGACUGAUCCUGACUAAAAUCCGAUACAGAUUGGCAACUUUGUGUAUGAUAGCAGUUCAGAGAUUUAAGUUGAGACCGAAGGUUUGAUUUUUUUUGACUUAGCGUACUGUCUUGUCUAAAACACCAUACUGGUCUGGGGGCUGUGUACAGAGAAAGUAAGCAGUUUCUUUCAUCCAUCCUGUAUAUGUUAUUAUCAAGCAAGUAGGUUUCAGACAUCAAAUGCAUGAAGCAAUAGGCCUACAGGAAGCUUACAGUAUGUGAGAACCAGAAUAAAGUAUAAUACUUUAUUCCAAACAGGGAAAUCACAAUAUUUCUGUCCCAGGACCUCAGCUCAAAGGAAAAACUGUUUAAACCAGGCCGGAAUGAUAAGAUCUGUGUUAAUCUCUGGUCCCAGACUGACUCGACUAUUUUCCUCCAAGGGUCAUGGGAGAUUUUUAAGACUGAUUCAUGUCAGUUUGAUAUAUUUGUAAUAAGCAAACUAAAUGAAAUAUGAUUGAGAUAUGUCUGGCACCUGAUAUUGUUUUAGUUUUAGUCUUAGUCUCUCGAUGAAAAUAUACAGUAUAUUAGACAGACUUUACACUUGUUUUCUUGUCCCAGGGUGUAAGCAGUCUGUGGAAAUAGCCUGUCACUGUCUGAUUGUCUUAAUGCAUACAUGGUCUGUCUCCUCUGUGCGAUGACGUCAGCCAAAGUUCCACUAAAAUUAAACUGAAAUUAGCCACUUUUUUGUCUAUUUCUACACAUAUGAUCAAAUGCAAAGAGCUCUGAGCUUUUAUUAUCUUCAUGAUAUUUUGUUAACAUUUAGUACAGAAGACAGGGCUUCUGCACACGUACCCCAGUGGAUAUUUUCAUUCUGUUGUUAGCUUAAAGCUUUGCUUUACAAACUUAAUGUUUAGGCAUGUUUCUUCUUUUGCAAAACACAUCGGGUAGACAAAAUAACUGAAACACCUUACAGUAUAAUGCAAUCCAACACUAUCACCUACUGUGGCCUGCCAUACAAUUGAGCAAAUACCUCUCUAACACAGGGUCAACAGAUAUUAUACAUUAUAACACAUACUACAGUGCAUGAUAUUGUACAGGAUUUCCUGUUAUUGUGUCUAUCCGCUGUAUGUGUCUGUGUCUUACAAGGGAAGAGGGAAAGUGGGGAGAAAACAAAUCAACUACAACCACAAUGUCAUAUUUGUUGCAUUAGAUCAAAUCAGUCCGUAGCAGAAACUGAAAUAAAGAUUGUUCUCGUUGACCCUGACCUCUGGCUGUUAUUUGGUGAACGUUUAGUUUAAAAGUUCAUAAGGUGGCUUUGAAGGACACAGUAAAUAGAGGCUUAAACUGUA